AUGUCUGCAAAUACUAUUAAUUAAUUUAUUAGAUUUAUUGUAGAAUAAAUGAUGGAUUAACAAAUAGAUGUUGCAGCAUAACAUUUAAAUCUUUUAAUGAUAUUUUUCGAAGAAUAUCGUGAACUUGAUUUAAAAUUAUAAAACCCAUACAGUUUAGUAAGCAUUUUAUCCUUUUAAUAUUGUUGUACUCUUUAUUUGACAUUGCUCAACCCUUACUCGAAUACAAGGAUUUAAAUCACACGAAUACUUUGGAUUCCAUUACAUAUAUUAUAUGUAAUGCUUUUUUGGUCUACGUAUAAAUCUAUUGUUACCGAUCCUGGGAGAGUUCCCAAGAAUUAUGGUAUGUUUUUUGAGGAUUAAGAAAUUAAAAAAAAAAAAUAUUGUUUAAGAUGUCGUCAAUUUAAGCCUUAACGUUGUUAUCACUGUGAAAGGUGUAAAAGAUGUGUCGUAAAUAUGGAUUUUCAUAGUUUUUGGUAUGGAAAUUGUAUUGGGUUUUUUAAUCGCAAAUUUCAUAUUUUGGGACAAUUUUACUUUAGUUUGUCUACAACUUUAAGCCUAGUAAUAGCAAGUUUAUAGACAAUAGAUAUACUUUUUAAAGAUUAAGAACCGCAAAUUUAGAGCAAAAGUAUUAUACCUAUUCUCAUAUUAUCAUUUUAUUUAUUUGUUGUUUUUAUUAGUAUCUCAAUAAGCUUUAUACUAUAUCUUAAAUUAGUGAUCACUAAUAAAACAAUUAUUGAUCUAAGAAGGUUUGAAAUGUAUUAACAUAACGAGAACCAAAUAAAUGAGUAUGAUAUUAGGUAUAGUAUUAAUUUAUCUUUUAUUGUUAAGGAGAAUUGGUUUCAAGUUAUGGGUACUAAUCCUUGGUUAUGGCCAUUUCCAAUGUUUGGAGAAAGUGGAAGACCAAAAGGGGAUGGACUUACAUGGUAGCACAUUCAAAAUUGAUAAAACUUAAUACUAAGAAAAUUAAGAUGAUAAAAAUAAUAAUUAUUAAAAAUAUUAAUAUUUCCC